CUCCAUUAAAUAAAUUAAAUUUGUUACGGUCCGUUUUCCGCUUAAAUCAUUCACCGGAGCCAUGGCGAUCGACACCGUGCCGCCGCUAAUCUCCGCCCAAAUCAAUUAUCUCAUCGGCCACUGCCCUUUCUCCGUUAAGGUUGAGCAAAUGUGUUCGGGAUGCAAAAACCCUAACUUACUUGAUCGCUUCACUCUAGUCAUCCCUUACUGCCUCGACAAAAUAAAAUGGGAUAUAACAUUCAAUGCUAUGUAUCCGCUGGCGGCGCCUGAUGUGAUAUUUGGACCUGAAGAUGAAGGUUUCCAGCCGUAUGCUAGUGGCACUGGAGAGUCUAGUAAAAAUUGUUUGGCCAAUUGGAAUAGUAGGGAUCCAUCUCAGCUACAAUCUCUUAUUGUUGAGCUGAGGGAUGCAUAUAUGGCAUACCAAAGGAGACGGAUAGGUGAGAUUGAUGAUGAGAGAGUAAAAUUUGAAAUCAGUACUAUGCUUUCAAGAGAGGGAAUUGAGAUGUACAUGAGUUUAGGGACCGACAAGCCAGAGGAGGUUAAGUUUGCUGUGUCUUUAUUGGAUAUUGAUUUAAAUAAAUUGGUUGCUGGAUGCACCUGGAGACAUCCACAGAAAGUAUACUUGCAGGUUAUAUUUCCAGUUGGGAAAAAAUAUUCUAGCAUGCCACCAUCUCCACGUCUAAAGUUGAUCUCUUCUUCGGAACUGAAAGCCUUAUUUUCUACUGAAGAUUUUAAACUUCCUACUUGGGUGGACGGGAUGUGCACAGCUGAAUAUCUUCCAAAUCUGGAACAAAUGGUGAACACACAGGUUAAUGAUGCAGUCUCAUCAAUUGAAAUAAGAAGGAAGUUUAUCCAGUCAUUGGCACCUCAUCUUGGAAGGCCUAUAGAAGCUGAUACGGUCUUUUGCAAGAGAGCAACGUUCCUAUGUUCAUCUGGAUUGUUCACGUUUCAGGUUCAUUUCACUCUCCCUCUUCAGUUCCCAAAGCAGCAGCCAGCUUUAGUACUUCAGAGUUCCCAGCAUUUCAAUGCACACGGUGUACCUGUCAAGUCACCCACUCUAUCAGAAUAUCCAUGGAGUCCCAGAUGGAAUUCAUCAGAACAGGCUGAUCGAAUCUUUGACUUUCUGGCGGAUGAGGCCUUGAAUUUCAAGAAGUAUUGCAAUCAGUUGAAUCAACAAUGAGCGAGUCUUGUGUCAUACACACUCGUCCGGUCGUCCCUCGUCUGGUUGCAUCACUUGGUGAUCUGAUACUAAUAUUCGUAGUUAUGCAUCCUUUGCUGAAGUAUAUUUCCUAUGUGCUAUAACUAUCUACAUGAAACUACUUCAGCUGGGUUUGAAAUGUGGAAUAAAUUAUGAGUUAAUUUGCUGAUGCAAUUUUAUUUUUUUAAAUUGUUGAAAUAAUAUACUUACGAAAUA